GGAAUUGACUUUGGUGCUUCAGAAGCAACAUUCAAAACCCUGUUUAAUUUGUUUUCAUCCCAAUCGAGAAAGAAAAAAGAAAUGGGGAUGGAUAGUAUUGAUCUCUCUCUCAAAAUUGACACUAAUCAAGAAGAAGAAGAAGAAGAAGAAUCAAAAGAAUGUGAAGAAGAGAAUUCUCAAGAUUUGGAGAAGAAAGAAGAAGCGAUAUCAGCAGCAACAGCAACAAGAGGAGAAGAAGAAGAAGAAGAAGAUGUUGCACCAGUACUUGGAUCAUCCUUCCAAGAAACCAUGAAAACAAAAGAGCUAAGUAGGCUAAAAAUGGAGAUGAAUCGCAUGGAAGAAGAGAACAAAGUGUUGAGGAGAGUGGUGGAACAAACCAUGAAAGAUUAUCAUGAUCUCAAAGUCAAAUUCUCAGUUAUUCGGGAAAGUAGUAGCCAAAACACGGAUCCACGGAUCUUUCUUUCCCUCAAUAGUAGUAGUGAGGAGAACCAAUUCCGAGAGCCAAAAAGAAUGGCCAAACCCCAGUCAGUGUCAAAUGAGGAAGAGAACGGUAUAGGGUUGUCAUUGGGACUACAAACUGAUACAACAACCCAAGAAGAAAUCAAGGAAGAAAAGGAGAGAUUUGUGUCAGUGAAGAACAAUAAGCUUGAUCAUGAUCACUCGACGGGAAUCACCAGCCAUGUUGCUUCCUCAACACCCAAUAGAAAAGCUAGGGUUUCAGUAAGAGCAAGAUGUGAAGCUGCCACAAUGAAUGAUGGGUGUCAAUGGAGAAAAUAUGGACAAAAAAUUGCGAAAGGAAAUCCUUGUCCUCGUGCUUACUAUCGAUGCACAGCAGCUCCUGGAUGUCCAGUCAGAAAACAGGUGCAAAGAUGCUUGGAGGACAUGUCAAUUCUGAUCACAACAUAUGAAGGAACUCAUAACCAUCCACUCCCAGUUGGUGCAACAGCCAUGGCUUCAACAGUACUACUCUCUGAUGGAAUCUCUGAUCACACUACUACCCAAUCAUUUAUUCCUCCUUAUCAUCACCCCUCUCAUUUCAUAAACCCAAAUACUACUUCUUCUUCCCAGCAAUAUUUCAGAAACCUAAACAACUCUAAUAUCCUCGGUCCGCUGCGCUAUCCAACGGCUACUACUUCAAGUGGUCAUCAACAUGCAGGUUUUAAUACUCGGAUGCCAAGUUAUAAUCAUCUACUUGGGGGCUGCAGUAGCAGCAGUACUGUGGGUGAUCCAGACAAUGUGAGUGAGUAGUGCUGCAAUUUCUUCUGAUCCUAAAAUUAGAGUCAUUGGUAAAGAAAAUCAUGCCUCAUCAGUCCUCACAUCCUUCUGUUGUGAAUCCUGGAGAAGGAGGAGUACUUGUACCCAAAUUCAGUACUAUAUAUAUAUAUAUAUAUAUAGUUUAAAUUGACA